AUAAAAUCUUAAAAAAAAAUAACUAAAAAAAUGUUUUCCCAUGUUUUUAAUUUUUUUUUUCAUGACAAUAAGAGGUUUAACCCCAAAAUAAGGAAUUGCAGGCCGAAUUGCUUUCAGGGAGGCAACUUUGGGGCAGUGAAAACUGAAUCACACACGCGCGUUCCCAGUCUACCCUUGAACUUUCAACCCACAUAAACAACAGAGUAACAACUUCCCCUCUUCUCAAUCCUUACCAUCACUUGACAGGCUUAAUCUCAUUUAAUGCUCCCAGCGCCUCCCCAACUUCGGGAUAAAAGAAAUGAGGCUCGAGGGGGAAAAUUCACCAGCCCAGCGCCUUCCAUUUCAUUUUAUUUAGUCCAGCCCAUCCUUCUGUAUCCUGGUCUUUGAGCUGAAGACUGCAAAGACACGGACCCUUCGUCUCUCCGGAAAACUUCCCCUCCCCACCCCACCCCCCAGGGCCAAGGCCUGGGAGCUGGGGGCAGGCUUUCCUGAGAUCACUUCCCACUUCCUUCUUCCCCGACUUUAACUUUGGCUCCUGGGGCCACAGCCAGCUUGGUCACUUGCUAACCAGGCUCCUGGGUGCCUCUUCCUCCAAGAUCAGAGGCGCAAGUUCUGACGCCCGCAGGACACCCGGUGACCUGCUGCCCCAGGAAGGUUGGACAUGGCAGUUUUUCCAAACUCCUGCCUCCCCGCGUGCCUGCUCGUCCUCACUUUCUUCCAGCUGUCCAGGCCCGAUUCGGCCCCCUUCGACGUGAUCGGCCCCGCGGAGCCCGUCCUGGCCGCGCUGGGGGACGACGCCGAGCUGCCCUGCCGCCUGUCCCCGAGCGUGAGCGCCGAGCGCAUGGAGCUGCGGUGGUUCCGCGGGAAGGUGGCGGCCGCGGUGCUGGUGCGCCGGGACGGCCGCGAGCGGGAGGCCGAGCAGACGGCCGAGUACCGCGGCAGGGCCACGCUGCUGGACGGCGACAUCGCGGCCGGGCGCGUCGCCGUGCGCAUACACCGGGUCCGGGCCUCGGACGACGGCGAGUACCGGUGCCUCUUCCGGCAGGACGGACGCUACGGGGAGGCCAGCGUGCACCUGAAGGUGGCCGCUCUGGGCUCUGAUCCUCAAAUCCAUAUGGAAGUUCAAGAAAGUGGAGAGAUCCGGCUGGAGUGUACUUCCGUAGGAUGGUACCCAGAGCCCCAGGUGCAGUGGAGAACUUCCGAGGGAGAGUGGUUUCCAUCCACAUCAGAGUCUAGGAAUCCUGAUGAAGAAGGCCUGUUCACUGUGGCGGCUUCCGUGAUCAUCAGGGACACCUCCAUGAAGAAUAUAUCCUGCCAUUUCCAGAACCUCCUUCUGGGCCAGGAGAAGGAAGUAGAGAUCUCCAUACCAGCUCCCUUCUUCCCACGGCUGACUCCCUGGAUGGUGGCAGUGGCUGUCAUCUUGAUGGUCCUGGGACUUCUUACAAUUGCGUCCGUAUUUGGCACUUGGAGACUAUACAGGGAAAGAGCCCGACAGAGAAAGGAUGAAUUCAGCUCUAAAGAGAAACUCCUGGAAGAGCUCAAACAGAAAAAGGCCACCCUGCAUGCAGUUGACGUGACUCUGGACCCAGACACCGCCCAUCCCCACCUCUUUUUGUACGAGGAUUCAAAAUCUGUCCGGCUGGAAGAUUCACGCCAGAAACUGCCCGAGAAACCGGAGAGAUUUGACUCCUGGCCUUGUGUGUUGGGUCGUGAGACCUUCACGUCAGGGCGACAUUUCUGGGAGGUGGAGGUGGGAGACAGGGCCGACUGGGCGGUCGGGGUGUGUAGGGAGAGUGUGGUGAAGAAAGGGUUUGACCCCAUGACUCCUCAGAAUGGGUUCUGGGCUGUGGAGUUGUAUGGGAAUGGGUACUGGGCCCUCACCCCACAGCGGACCCCUCUCCCAUUGGCAGGGCCCCCCCGCCGGGUUGGGAUUUUCCUGGACUAUGAAUCAGGAGACGUCUCCUUCUACAAUAUGGCCAACGGAGCCCAUAUCUAUACUUUCUCCAAUGCCUCCUUCUCUGGUCCCCUUCGGCCUUUCUUCUGCCUGUGGUCUUGUGGUAAAAAGCCCUUGACCAUCUGCCCACCCACUGAUGGGCCUGAGAGAGUCACAGUAGUCGUCGAUGCCAAGGACUUUGCUAAGGAGAUCCCGCUGUCCCCUGUGGGGGAGGACUCUGCCUCUGGGGAUACGGAUACCCUCCACUCUAAGCUAAUCCCUACCCAGCCCAGCCAAGGGGCACCUUAAGGAAUCUCCCAGCUAAACCGUUCUCCUUUAUGCGAAGCCCUCCCCUCAGUCCUCUCUGAGUCGACAGCCCCCGACCUCACCCAGCCCCUGUUUCUUCCUGUUGGGUAGGGAUCAGUUGGUCUUGAGAAGGUUAUGUUGCUGCUGUUAGAGAGCGUGGGGUGUAGGGCCUUCCUAAUCUGUUUCUGUACUGGUACUCAGGGGGCAGGCGCGUGACCCUGAAGCUGUUUCUAGUGUCCUCCUACCCCUCCCCCCAGGCCACAUCCUAUAGGGAGGGACAGCUCGGCUAUCGAGAUGGGGUUAGGUUGGCAUGUGGUUAUGACAGAAACAUCUCAGUGUCCAGAAGAGGGAUGAGUAGAGGAAUAGGUUUUACACAAGCGGGAAACCCAAAAGGUUCUGGGAGGGGAAAAUUCGAGGCUGAAGUCCCAUAAAGGAACCUGGGGGGACAUCGCAGUGGAGGAAAGGGAGGGGAACCUAGGCCAAUGACGAAUACCUGGCCUGCUCCUAGAGUUUUAGGGCCUCUCAGAUUUUCUAAGACAUGUCCUACAGAGUAAAGGGAACUGGCCCUACUUUUGUGGGAUCUGAAAAAAAUGGUGUGGGGGCAUGGAGAAGGGAUGAAGGGAGCAGGGCUGGGGGCCGGACAGAAGAUCUGACCCCGGGAGAAAACGGGAGACAAAACCCAAGCUGUGUGCGUGGCCACGACGCGGAUCCUGCUUUCCUCUCUGCGGCCUCCUGUUUCCCCCUCACCUGGAGUCAUUCCAGCCUCACUUACUGGGCCCCACAACUUUCCAGCUCUAUUCCUCCUUUUGACUUAGAAUCUCUCCAUCUCAGAGCCUUUCUAGAAACCCUGGUCAGUGAUGUCCCCUCUUUAGCAGCCGGUGUCGGCCUCGGGGCCCCUCAGCCCUCAUCCCAACAUCUGGUUUAGCCCCCUCACACCCCCCUUCCAUCCGCUCCCCAAGCAGCUCAUGCCCACGCCCCGCCACCGGUCACUCUCCCCGCCCAGCUUUCCUGCGUGCCGUUCUCCCCGGGGUCCCCGGAGGCUGUGUCAUCGCGCUCGACACAGCUAGACUGACCGCACCUGCUUGUGUUUGCGCUUUCCCGUAUACUUGGGGCUUGUCACGCCAACGGACCGCAGGUGUAUCUGGGCUCGCCCCUUCUACUUCCGUGGUGUUCUUCCAGUUUCCGGCAUGGGUGUCGCCCGUGGUCUUGACCUAAUAAAUAAGUCUGUUGAUUGCUGAAA